AUGGAAGAGGAAAAAAAUAAAGAGGAAGCAGAGGACUGGAAGAUUUACGAAACCUUAAAUAAAACUCCAACUGAGAUGGAUGCAGACGUUAGUAACGAUGUUGUAACAUCUUUAAGAAGUGACUUAGCUGCACUACAAUAUAAACGUGACAAGUUACUUUCAGAAAACAAAGAUUUAAAAAACCAAAUGUUAUCUCGUGAUCAAAGAAUAUUAGAACAGCAAGUCGAAAUAGACCAUCUGCGCGAACAAAAUGCACGUCAAAAUGCUAUUAUAUCAUCGCUUAAAAAGAAAAUUCAAGACCUUGAGGAAAUUCAACGUAAUUUACAAGCUUCGCAAGGCAGAAGCGAUUUAACCGUGCAAACUCUACAGCGGGACAACCGUUACUGUGAGGAAAAAAUAAAAGACCUAGAAAAAAAGUUAAGAUCCCUUGAAUUAGAAUGCAACAAUGAAGAGCAGCAGAAAGAAAAUGCGCGAUGUCAAUUUCAUGAUCUCGUUAGACGAUUAUCGGUCGCAUUAGAUUCAGAUUUCUGUGAUACCACUCACACCCAUUCUCCUGAAAGUCUUAUUAUUAAAGCAGCUGAACUUGUGCAAGAAAUAACAAGGCUUAAAAACAAAUGUAUGAAUACUACUGAAAACUUAUCAACGAUCGAGCAAGACCUUAGAAGCUGUAGAGAUUCUCUUGAACGCUCGAACGCUGAUAAAGACAUGUUGCAGAGACAACUUUCUACUCAACUUCUUGACAUAGAAAGACUUAAACAAGAAAAAGAAUCUCUUCUUGUUUCAAACAGAGUACUUGAACGAGAACUGCACGAAAGUAGGGAAAAAUUAUCGCAUUGUUCAAAGAAUCUAAAUGUUGUGACUGAUAACGUUAAUCAGAAUGAAUCAAUGAUAAUUCAGUUGAAAGAGGAUUUGAGACAUCGUGACGAAAAAUAUCAAAGACUGCAGACCGAAUUUCGAAACACAAUGGAAUCCUUCGCAAUUCUACUCAGCUUGCCGACACGUUUCGUUGAAGCGCACGAGAGCACUAUCAAAGAUCGAAUAAGAGAAAUAUUAAGUGAAAAUAAGGACAAAUCCGUGCAAUUGGAAGCGCUGCGAGAGAAAUUAGGAAUGGAAUCUCAACAGUUGGGUAGAACUGUUCAUUUACAUGAUCAAGCUACCACUCGUGUGCGUAUACUUGAGGAUGAACGCAAUAUGCUUGAAACAAAAGUUCACAAGUUGGAAUCAGAGCUCAACGCAAUGGAACAAUCAAGGGAUAAUCUUCGAAAAGACAAAGCAAACUUCGUGGCAUUCCUCGAGCGCCUGAGUCGCACUCUCAAUAUGGACGAGUUGACCCAGGACGUCGGCGUGGAACUACACACUGAGUCUAUCAUGCACCGAGCAGAGCAGCUCGCACGACUUGAGAGCGAUAAAAUUGUAGACAAGCUGCUAUAUUAUGGAUACUAUGGCACGCUCCCGAGACUGCGAAGAGAACGAUCUUUCCAUGACUUACCGUACCUUAAAGAAACAGCCGUAGUGUAUCAACUUCAGCGUCGUAUACGAAUUUUGAGAGAACAGUUGCAAAGAAAGGACUUACACUUGGAUUUACUUCGUCGAAAACUUAGUAUUCAGGAAGAAAGCUCGAGGGUGCGAGCUGUACUGCAAGCGGAAAGGGACGAGGCGCUGAAUCGCUGUAAAAAGUUAGCGCGGCAAUGCGACAAACUAGGCGUGCAACUGAGCGAUACGCGUGCGCAAGUCCGCGAUCUCAAUGCGCAGCUUGCCGACGCCGCGGAGUACAAGAUAACUUCUCUGGAACGCGCUCGGAAAAUAGAGGAACUUCAGAAGAAACUGGACGAGGCGGAAUUACUUCGAGCAAGGUACAAUCGUAAAGUCAACGUUUUAAAAGACCAAGUGCGAACCACUGGCGAAACCUUCGAACAAGAAAGAACAACGACGGAACAUCAAAUUAAUAUGCUAAGAGAUGACCUUUCUAGAACAAAGGAAGCUCUCGCUGAAUGUCAGAGGAGAGAAGCGCAGCUACAAAGCUUUAGGAAUUCGAUCGCUAAGUUGCUCGGUAUCCUGGUACCGUCUUCCGUGUCGGACUUCGAAAUGGUAUCGCGACUUCAGAAACUAAUAGACGCGCACCACGACUUUACCGUGGUGUCGCGACGCUACGACGACCCCGCGUUACUGCGGGCCUCGUCUCGAUCCCCGCCACCAUCACGUUGCAGAACACGAACACCCGAACGGUCCCUGCGUUACGAUGACUCCGGAUACGCCGACCCGGCGUUCGAUAUCGAGGACGAUCUGUAUAAAGGGCGCGCCACCUUGUGA